CAGUUUAAAACCAGAUCCGGCGAGCAGAGGACAAGAUGGGGCCUCCCGGCACAGUGCUGGGUGCUCCUUCUGGGCCAGAUGCUGUUAGGUGCAGAGAAAUAGGAAAGAGCAAAACAAGUAAGGCCCUGCCCCCUUGAAGACUGUAUUCUGGGGAGACAGACUGUAAACAUGCAGCGGCAAUAAAUAACUCAGCAGAGACUCGUGGACACCCCUCCAGUGCCUCUUCACCUUCAGACCGGGUGUUCUCAAUGUCCAUGCCCAGGAAGGCUCCUCUCAGUACUCCUGGCACUCCAGUCCUUGAAGACUUUCCUCAGAAUGACGAUGAAAAGGAGCGAUUGCAGCGGAGGCGCUCCAGGGUCUUUGACCUGCAGUUCAGCUCAGACUCACCUCAUUUGCUAGCCUCCCCCUCUAGCAGGACUGCUGAUGUUUCAACUGCAAUUCCCAAGUUUACAAACACGCAGAUAACAGAGCAUUACUCCACCUGUAUCAAACUGUCUACUGAGAAUAAAAUCACUACCAAGAAUGCUUUUGGCUUGCACUUGAUUGAUUUUAUGUUAGAGAUUCUUAAACAAAAGGACACUGAACCCACCAACUUCAAAGUGGCUGCUGGCACUCUUGAUGCCAGCACCAAAAUCUAUGCUGUGCGUGUAGAUGCUGUUCAUGCUGAUGUCUACCGAGUUCUUGGGGGACUGGGCAAAGACGCGCCCUCUCAGGAAGGAGAGACCCAUGGUGCAGAUGGAAGUGUUAAUGAAACAGGAACAACUAAAAAGGCUCCAAAGUCAAAGAAGAAACACUCAUACAAAACCAUUGAGCAGAAUAUAAAUAACCUCAAUGUCUCUGAAGCAGAUCGAAAGUGUGAGAUUGACCCCAUGUUUCAGAAGACCAUAGCCUCAUUUGAUGAAUGUAGCACAGCAGGGGUAUUUCUCUCCACCCUCCGUUGUAAUGACUAUCGAAGUGAGCUGCUUUUCCCUUCUGAUGUCAAGAUUCUCUCCACUGAAGAACCUCUUGAGUUACCAGAUUUAGGUUCAGUAGACAUGACAGAUUUGAUAGUGCCCUUACAGCAGUGUGUGGAGGAAGAUCGCCAGAUCUGCCCUUCUCUGGCAGGGUUCCAGUUCACUAAAUGGGACAGUGAAACACAUAAUGAGUCCGUGUCAGCCUUGGUAGACAAGUUUAAGAAGAAUGAUCAGGCAUUUGACAUCAACGCCGAGGUAGAAGAGAGUGACUGUGAGGACUUCCCUGAUGGGCCCAUAGAGGAUGAUUUUGAUGCCAAGGAUGAACCUGAUCUCACUGCAGCUGGGGAUCACACAGAGUUCAGAAACUGGAGUGAGUCCUGCCGCAUCCAGAGCUGCCAGGAAGAAAUGAUUCCCCUUGGAGAUGGAGAUAUUAGGACCAUGUGCCCCCUUCUAUCCAUGAAACCUGGAGAAUAUUCCUAUUUCAGCCCACGUACCAUGUCAAUGUGGGCUGGCCCAGAUCACUGGCGCUUUAGACCCCGACACAAACAAGAAGCUGCUUCACAAUCAGAGAACAAAAAGAAGUGUACAAAGAAAGAUUUUGAAAUAGAUUUUGAUGCUGAUAUUGACUUUGAUGUGUAUUUUCGAAAAACAAAGGCUUCUACUGUUCUGAGCAAAUCCACGUUGGAGAACCAAAAUUGGAGAGCCACCACUCUUCCUAUGGAUUUCCACUAUGAACCUGAAAAUCUUCUUCAGUUACAUCUCAAACCAGGCACCAGGGUAAGGCUCUUUUUUGGUUUCUUGAAUUUGCUGUUUUCUUUGAAUGUGUUAAUAGCAUCAGAGGUAUCAAGUGGCUGAUAGUGUGAUUGUCAG